AUGGCGGCGGCCGCGAUCCCUGUCCCCGGCGGCAGCUCGGCGGCCGUGCGGCUGCCCCGGUCGCCUCCCGUCAAGGUGCUAGCGGAGCAGCUGCGGCGCGACGCGACGGGCGGCCCGGGAGCUUGGCGGCUGUCCCGGGCGGCGGCGGGCCGCGAGCCGCUGGAGCUGGCGGCCGUGUGGAUGCAGGGCACGGUGGUGGAGGCGGCCGGCGGCGAGGCGCGCCUGCGGGACCCGAGCGGCGUCUUCUCUGUGCGCGGCCUGGACCGGGUGCCGCGCGGGCGGCCCUGCCUCGUCCCAGGGAAGUACGUGAUGGUCAUGGGAGUGGUUCAGGCCUGCAGUCCUGAGCCAUGCCUUCAGGCUGUGAAGAUGACCGAUCUUUCUGAUAACCCCGUCCAUGAAAGCAUGUGGGAACUGGAAGUGGAAGAUCUGCAUAGGAGCAUGCCUUAAAUGAUAUGGAAACUGGCCGGCAA